GUCAUCCAGCACUGCCUGCGUAAAAACUCGGUUAGCGACGGGGUACUCGUUGGACGGCGGAACAUUUAAUUUUAAUUUUCAGCACAAAUCUUGCACCCUCAGCGAAUCUAAACGGUACCGUUCGGUUGCGUAGUACUUCCAGGUGUUCGGGACAGCAGAAGUUACUCGAAAUUGGUAUCAUCUGGGCCAUCAAUCGUUCCAAAGUAUCGGGUGUUUAGUUUUUCCUUCGACAAACGCAAGGCGAGAGAAAAAGUUCCACAUCAAAGCCUCUUCCUCCACCAAGAAGAUUCCUUCUAGGGUUCAAGUGUAUGUGUGCGCGUUGGUGAGGUGCUUUAUGAGAUGAACGUACAAUAAUAUUCAUGCUGCUACUAAUGUGAUUGUGCACCGCCAUCAAAACAACAGGAAAUAAACAUUGUUCGUGGCCAAAAAGUGUAUCGGCUUGGUAACUCCGUUGAACGAGAUUGAUGUUCAACUAUGUCGAACGGUGGGAACGAGAAUAAUGAUGUAUUUUGGGCACCGGAGCACGUCGUCCAUUCGCAGCAAAAUCAGCAACAGUUCAUUGCACCCGAUGGGUCGCUACCAGCUGCUUCCAAUAGCUACUUCAACCCGAACGCAACCGGUGAACCCCAUGGUAUGAAUUACGGCCAUCCUCCACCGGGUGACAACUUUACCGUUUUGUCGGAUGGCUUCGGGAACUUCAUCAAGGUUUACCAUCAACCUAGCGAAGAUGUGAAUUUGAACAACCCAGCUGGAAAGUAUGAAUAUGAGCUGUUUUCGAGCAACAACAGCUAUAUGCGACCUGCACCGGGAUUUGGAUUUUUAUUUCCACCACAGCAGCAGCAACCUCAACAACAACCAUCUGUUCCGAAAGUCACAAAUGCUUCCCAUAUGCAGCAUAAUGCUCAGGCCGAUGUACCCGGAUCCAACACCAGUAUGUUGAUAAAUCAGUUAGUUGGAAACUGGGCUCCCACUAUCUCUGGAACGUAUUCCCCUUUCGGAGGUGGUGGCCCAUCGCUGCUUGCUGAAGGUCUUCCACGGUCUUCCGAAGCCUAUGCUCAACAGCACGAGCAACCACAGAAGCAGCAGCAACAACAACAAUCUGCACAACAGCUCCUUCAACAACAGCAGCACCAUGUUCAUCAACAGCAGCAGCCGCAACAAGCACAACCUUCUCCUGUUCAUCAAUCGGUUAGCAACUCCUCCAUGAAUUCUUCUCAGUCUCAACCCCAACACCAAGCUCCUGUGGCAAACGUAUCUGCUACGGCCAGCUACAACAAUCAGUUGAACGAUGACAACAGCGCCAAACUGAAUCAGAACGUUAAGAAACAGCGUAUCGUGGCCGAGGUGAAACCGAUGCGAAUGUCCUAUUCAGAUGUGCUGAGCAAAAAUGUUCCUUCAUCGAAUGCAGCUCACUCGUCCUUAUCGCCUGGAACUUCUACUAUGAACGGUAGCACUUCCAUUGGUACUGCCAACAACAGCGUUGCAUCUGGUAAGACGAACACCGCUAACAAUGGAAUGCAUUCCGGCGGCAACGGUUACUCAUCCAGUGGCAAUGGCAAAUCUAAUAAAGAUAAACUGCAGAAUAAGAAGUCUUCAAUGCAACAUGGAGGAUUGGCAACGUCAGACGAGAAAUCCAACAGAAAGGUUGACCGAAAUGCUGUUCUUGGCGUUCAAAAGAAAACGGCUUAUUCCAAUGUUUCAAAUCCUUCGAACAACUAUCAGCACGCGGACAAUUCCACAGUUCAUAAAACCACGAUCGGUCAAAAUGUCGCUGAUAAGUCUUCUAAGAAAACGGAUAAACCUGUAAGUAAGACUUUGAAGAGUCGUCUGAAUGAAUCUUCCGGAUUGGCCAGUGUCGGUCGUAAAAAUCGUUCCCGUAAUUUCAACGAUGCGUACACGGUACAAGAUGUCCAGGGUAACGCCUCGAAUAAGGAAUCUACGCGAGAUGAUACCGAGGACUUGGACGACGAAGACGACGAGGAUGACGAAGAAGACGAGGAAGAUUCUGAAGAGUACGAAGACGAUUCCCCUCAACAGCAAUCCUAUAUGUAUAACGUGAAGAAAAACAACAACCCCAACGAUACUCAUAUCGAGAGGAUCUCUGGUUCACGCUCGACUUAUAAGCGAGGAGGAAAAGCAUCCGCAGCGGGCCGUGGAAAGCUGGAGAAAUCCUAUCCACAAUCUACCGGAAAGCGCGGACAAAAGCCAAAAAAGAACCAGAAGUAUGUGAUGAUUCAGAAGAUUUUAAAUACAUGGUUCGAACUCAUGGUAUUUGCAAUUACUUGGCUAUGGUCACUGGUCAGCGAUGUGGUUUAUUUGAGCUUCCGAUUAUGCUGGGACUAUCUGGUGGCUGGUUAUCAGUACUGCGAGCAGCAUUUCGUCAGCAUUAAACAGGAAUUUCAGCAGAAUCGACCCGGAACAUGGUUUAAAGGCAUAUGGAAAUCGUUUGACAACCGUUUCGCGACGGACUCAAAAUGGGCUUUUUGGCGCGGCAAGAAAAAGUCGAUGCCCGUCGAAGAGCAACCGCCUCCUGGGAAAAAUUACUACAAAGAUGGUCGGCUGCCGACGACGGCGGAUGAGGCAAUGUCAUCGCUACUGAACUGCAAGGGCAAGGAUGCGUACAGUAUUCUCGGCGUUAGUCCGGACUGCUCUCAGGAGCAAAUUCGGAAGCAUUACAAGAAGAUAGCUGUGCUGGUCCAUCCGGACAAAAACAAACAACCCGGGGCGGAGGAAGCAUUCAAGGUACUGCAGCGAUCGUUCGAGCUGAUAGGAGAACCGGAAAACCGUAAAUCCUACAAUCAAAGUCUCGCAGAAGCGCUGAACGCUGAGAAGGCAUGGUCGGAGAUCAACGACUUGCUGACGCAGCUCCAUACUAAAAUCUCAGAAGCCGCUAAUACAAUAAGAUGUAGCAGCUGCUGCCUCAGACACCCGCGAAAGCCGACCGGUCGACCCCACUAUGCUGCCAGGGAGUGCAAUUCUUGCAAGAUUCGGCAUUCUGCAAGGGAGGGAGACAUUUGGGCUGAGACAAGCUUAUUUGGGCUGCGCUGGAAAUAUCUGGCCAUGAUGGAGGGCAACGUGUACGACAUUACCGAGUGGGCUAACUGUCAGAAAGGAGCCUUGUCCCACCUGCAACCCAACUCGCACAUCGUGCAGUAUCGGAUAGUGCUUGGCGGAAAUUCUCAGCAGCAGCAACAACAGGGUAACCAACAGCAACCCGAUAAGGACCCGGGCCGCUCUCGGAAGGACGUUCCAUCUAGCGAACCAAACCUGGACGACUUCCUGAACAACAUCUACGGUGGUCAGAAUCAACAACAGCAGCAGCAGGCACAGGGUGGAACCCGACGGCGACACCGGCGUAAUUAGAAUCCUCCGUUCUCGCAUCUCUUCGCUCCGUUUAGCAGUAAGGUAUAUGCGUAGUAAGCAUCGUAGUAGAGAUUAUUAACCAGUGUUUAAAAGUUUUAUUUUUGCAUAGCGUAUAUUUCCUUCCUCUUUCCAAAAGGCAUUUCGGCCUUGAAUCAAAAAAGAAAACACUAUUUAAAGAACAAUAUAGAGCCAGUACAAAGCAGUUAUUGGACAAACAUUAUAGUUGCCGUUUACAGAACCGUAAUAUCCUGUAUCUGUGUCGAUAAUGGAAGAGAAAUAUAUAUUUAUGCAGCUUAGCAAGUAGAACUACUAGCCCGUGUAAUAGAGGAAACGUUGAGAUAUUUAUCAAUACCUACAAUUCUCUGCCUAAUAAACCAUCAUCAGAAGUGAA